GUGAGCCAUGAUCUCCAUGACAUCAAGGACGUCAGGGCUUCGCAUUCCGCCUUCGCCGCACUUCGCGACGACGGCGAAGUGAUUACGUGGGGUGCUGGUAAUUUUGGAGGCCUGUGUCUGCUGCCACGAGAUCAGAUCCGCAAUGUCAGGCACCUGGAAUCCUCCUAUGCAGCUUUUGCAGCCAUCCGAGAUGAUGGGUCCGUGGUCGCCUGGGGCGAUGAACGCUUCGGUGGGGAUUGCAGUAAGCGUAAGGGGCAGCUGGUGGGAAUUGUGCGGAUUUCGUCCACCAGCGGUGCCUUCGCCGCUGUCACCUGCCGAGGGCAAGUCGUCACUUGGGGAGACCGCAUGAUGGGAGCAGACAGCUCUGGAGUCGCCGACAGGCUGCAGAAUGUUCAGUCUGUAGAGGGCAGCACAGGGGCAUUCGCCGCACUGCGAAAGGACGGAACCGUCGUGACAUGGGGUCCUGCAGCAUACGGAGGGGAUAGCAGGAAAGUCCAGGGACAGCUCCACGAUAUCCGGCUCCUUCGCGGCUCUGUGCGAGCUUUUGCUGCCUUGCGACAAGAUGGCAGUGUGAUUACUUGGGGAGAUGCUGCCUUCGGUGGCAGCAGCGUCAGCAUCCAGCACAUGCUGUCCGAUGUGCAAGAUCUUCGAGCUUCCCACGCUGCCUUUGCGGCUCUCCGGGCAGAUGGCCACGUCGUGGCUUGGGGCGACGAUGCUUAUGGAGGAUCCUGCCAGGAGGCAGAGGAGGAACUCUACAGUGUGCAGGAAAUCCAUCCGUGCAGAGCUGCAUUUGCUGCGCUUCGCGCUGACGGCUUUGUCAUCACGUGGGGGGAUCAAGCCUUCCGUGGUGACAGGACCCAAAUUUACGAGCAGCUACAGUCUCCAAUUUUCAAGCAAUUGUAG